AUUCUGACGCAAUGACGCACGAAACGCAGUCAAUUCAAAAUGGAGUAGUAGUGGGAAAUUGGAUGUAGGUGAACAAUUAGGGAUUGGAACUUAAUUUGAUAACAGUUCCGUUUAUACAUCUAGUUGUAACUCAUCAAAAUGACAGAAAAGAAGAAGUCGGACUCUCUUAAUUUUUUCAUGGGUUAUGAUGACCUUAGCGACAGCAGUGAUAGUAGCGAUGAUGAGGGCCCGAAAUCCUCCAAAACCAAAGAUGGGGCCAGUGCUUCUCGUAGCGAUGUGGCAUCCCAGCAAGGAACUAAACGAGCCGCCGGUGGUAUGCCUUUGCCCAAACCCGAUGAGCUGUUUAGAUCGGUUUCAAAGCCUACUUUCCUUUAUAAUCCGUUGAAUAAACAAAUUGAUUGGGAAAGCCGCAUCGUGAAGGCGCCGGAGGAGCCCCCCAAGGAGUUCAAAGUAUGGAAAACCAAUGCAGUGCCACCGCCCGAAAGCUAUGCUACAGAGGAGAAAAAGAAGGGCCCACCGCCUGGCAUGGACAUGGCUAUUAAAUGGUCUAAUGUUUAUGAGGACAACGGAGACGAUGCCCCGCAGGCCGCCACGGGAAAAGCGCGCUUCCUACCUGAUGAGGAACAACUGCCCGACCCCGAGUCAGAUGAGGACCAUGACGCAUUGUCCAAGUCCGCAAAGAAGCAGAGGGUAGAAACCUUCCAGCAGAAGGAGAAACGGAAGAGAGAUAUGGGCCAGGCGACCUCCGAUAAGACCUUUGUGGAGGAGGAGAAGAGGAUCUUGAGGCAGAACGUUGAUUGAAGCUUCCACUCUGGCCAGGGUGUCAGAGAAAGGCCUCCCCCAGGCCGAGAUGCAGGCAGGGAAGGAGGAGGGCACAGGAGAACGGUGCUCUUCUUGGAACACCUCCACAGCUGUAUGCGUCCAAACUACCUUAUCUCCCAACUACUUUGACAGAAAAUUUGAUUUUAUAAACGUCCCAAUGCAAAUAGACUUUGGGUAGUGUCUUAGGCCACUUACUGCAGCCACAGCACUGUGGGUUGUGACAGUCAUUUUGAGCUGCUUGAAACGGACAAAACUGAUUUUGAGAAUUUGAUAGCUUCUAGACAGUGAAGUCUUCAUGGACAGGGUCUUGCUUUUUCUCCCUGAGUGUAUUGACUCAUCAGUCUGGUCUCACACCUUCCCAGUAUAGAUAACUCUAAUUCUCUUAUACUUCCCUCCAGAGCAACGUGAAUGCCUUUGUGGUUGUACAUCCUGCCGUGGACUGUUUUUAAAUAGAUGUUAAUAUAAACCAUAGACUGUUCAGUGGAUUUUUAUUUUUGUUUAUUUUAUGGAUGAAUGCAUCUUCAAACAUUCACAUGGUAAUAGUACCGUUUUCAGAUUACAGAUAGCGAUUUGAUUUUUUUUAUAUAUAUAUUUGGAUGUGGCAUAUGCAGUUUCUUAAUUAAUGUCAUGCCUCGUGAUUGGCAAAUGACUUUAUUCAGUCCUCAAAUACUCUGCGGAAUAUGAGUGUUAAUCAUGAAGAUGUUUUUUUUUUUGUCUUCACAAUGUCAGGUCAUAUCUCCUGUUAGACUUCUAGUUCUGGUUGGAGUAUCAGUUGGAAAUAAGCCAUUUGGUUCAGGUGUUUUAACUAGUAAGGCAUUACUUUGAUUCAAGCGCACUCGUCAUCAUUAUUUUUUUGUCCCACAAGGAGGCGCUGUGUAACUGUCACUCUUUAGUAUGUUGACGUUAACAUGCAUUGGACCAACUUCCUGUCCAAAAGCAAACAUAUUCCAGUAUAAAGAUGUGAAUAGAAAAAUGUCAUGAGACACAAAGCAAAAAAAACAAAGAAAAAAAACUUCAUGCAAUAAAUGGUGUGUUUUAAACA